AUGCGGAGAAAGCCACUGCAGCAUGUCUGCUGCGCUGCGGUCGCCAUCGUACUGCAGCGGCUGCUGCUUCGAGCCCGCACGGAACAGCAGCAAAGUGGGGUAGCCUGGCAGCAGCAGCAGCAGCAGCAGCAGCAGCAGCAGCAGCAGCAGCAGCAGCAGAAACAAAGCAAAACGUGGCCGGCUAGCCCUCAGCAGCCAGAAAGCGGCAAAGAAAAAAAUAGCUCCAACUUUGUCAAUAUGUGCAGCAGCAGCGGCAGCACUGAAUCUCCAGCAGCAGCAGCAGCAGCACCGGCAGCAGCAGCUGCUCUACCAAGUGCAGCAGCAGCAGCAGCAACAGCAGUCAACGAAGCAGCAACAGCAGCCACAGCAGCAGCGACACUGGCCGCAAUAGCAACCACAGCAGCAGCAACACCAUCACCAGCAUCUUCAGCGUCAGCCAGGCAGGCCUUCAGCAGCAGCAGCAGCAGCAGCAACUCAUCAUCAUCGUCGUCAGCAGCAGCAGCUUAUCAUCAUCCUCAUCCACAGCAGCAGCAGCAGCAGCAGCAGCAGCAGCAGCAGCAGCAGCAGCAGCAGCAGCAGCAGCAGACCUGA